CCCAUUCUGAUAUUUGAAAUGGCUUCUCAGUUUCCACGUGCAUGUAGCACAGUUUCUGCGCUGCUGUCUAAGCAAUGCUGCCCGUCCCGUGGCUCAGAUCCAACGGUACUGUGUGGAGCAGAAUCCAGUCGAGGAGUGUGUGCUGAUGUACAUGUCAUCAACAAACCUUGGAGUGGCCCUUAUCACUUACAAAACGUGGACGAUCGGGAGCGAUGGCCUUUGAAGUUCUUUAAUCGCACCUGCCGGUGCACAGGAAACUAUGCCGGAUACAACUGUGGUGAAUGUAAAUUUGGAUGGACUGGCUUGAACUGUGAUGUAAGAAAACCACCAGUGAUAAGAAAAAAUAUUGUUUCACUAACUCCUGCGGAGCGAGAGCAGUUUUUGGAUGCAUUAGAUCAAGCAAAAACCACAAUCCAUCCAGAUUAUGUCAUUGCUACCCAACACUGGCUGAGCAUACUGGGGCCUAAUGGAACUCAACCACAAAUUGCAAAUGUGACAAUAUACAAUUACUUUGUGUGGCUUCAUUAUUACUCUACAAGGGAUACAUUGCUGGGACCCGGCCAACCAUUCAAAGCUAUUGAUUUUUCUCAUCGAGGUCCAUCUUUUCUUACUUGGCAUCGAUACCACUUGAUGUUACUGGAGAAAGAUCUACAAAAACUCAUAGGAAAUGAAUCAUUUGCACUUCCAUACUGGAAUUUUGCCACAGGAAGCAAUGACUGUGAUGUGUGUACAGAUUCUUUGUUAGGAUCCCAACAUCCUGAUGAUCCAACAUUAAUAAGUGGGAGCUCCAGGUUCUCAGGAUGGGAGAUAGUAUGUAACAGUUUAGAUGAUUAUAAUCGCUUUGUCACCCUUUGCAAUGGAACAAAUGAGGGUCCAAUCAAAAGAGGGUUCAUGGAAAAGGACAACAUACAGCUGCCAACCAUGGAGGAUAUCCAUCAUUGUUUAUCUAUUGAAACGUUUGAUACUCCACCUUAUUUCCAGAAUUCCAGCUUCAGCUUCAGAAACUCAAUUGAGGGAUUCGCUGCACCAGAUGGAGAAACUAAACCUAAUGGACUUCAAAGUCUUCAUAACCUGGUCCAUUCUUUUCUUAAUGGAACAAGUGCACUCACACACUCUGCAGCAAACGAUCCACUUUUUGUGGUGCUACAUGCCUUUACUGAUGCCAUUUUUGAUGAAUGGAUGAAACAGAACAAUCCCUCAAUCAGUGUGUGGCCAGAGGAGAUGGCACCUAUUGGACACAACAGGCAAUUUAACAUGGUGCCAUUUUACCCACCUGUAACCAAUGAGGAAACGUUUGUAUCUUCCAGUGAGCUUGGCUAUUCAUACGACAUUGAAUUAUCAGAAUCUCAGUUUGGCUUGGGUGCCAUCCUUGGUGUGACCUUCGGUGCAAUCUUUGUGGGUCUUGUCUUUUUGACUGCAGUAUUGCUGACAAUUCCAUGUCAAAGAAAAAAUCAAGGUUUUGAAUAUUUGCUAAGUUCAAAUUUUUCUAACAAGAUGUACACCGAAGAAAUUUAG